UUUAUGUAAAAUAUUUGAGUCAUUUGCUCCGAAAUUCCCCAUACAUGGUAGAGUCCAUUUUCAGCACGUGUAGGGAAAAAACAUGGCUGCCUCCAUGGAUGAAGAAAUGGCGAUCGUGCAAAAAGCCGGGGCCAAUCUGGUCAGCGAAAGGCCUGUCUUCUCUCCGGACUCAAGAUAUGUCCUGUGCUGCUGUGGGUAUGUGGUGAAGGUGUUCAGCCUGGCCAGUGGGGAGUGUGUCCGGGAGCUGGCUGGACACAAGGACUUCAUCACAGGGGUCAAGAUCAACCCUCACAACCAGUUCCAGGCUUUCACCAGCUCCUUGGAUAAAACAGUCAAGGUGUGGGACUAUCCUGAUGGCAAGCUGCUUAAGACUUUCAGUGUUGGCUUCCCCGUUCAUGCCUUGUACCUACUUAAACAAGAAGAGGAAGCUGGGUAUGCAGUCAUCAAGGGCAAAGGUAGUGUGUUAAACCUUAUCUGGUUCAGCUGGACCAACAGGAAAGGGCACACCAUCAGGGUGGAGACCAGGGAAGUUCUGAAACGUGUGUCAGGUCAGGAGAAACAUCUGGCCUUUGGUCCUGAGGGCUCCUUUAUUGCUUCUGUUACAUGUAACAAGUUGACUGUACUUUUUACAAAGAGUGAAAAAGUCAAAGAAUUUGAGAGACCCAAAAACGAGUUCCGGUGUGUAGCAUGCCACCCAACAGAUGCCUGCAUUGCUACAGGCAUGCAGGAUGGCAAGAUCUUCCUCUGGAGGGGACUGUUUCAGAAGAAGGAAGUUGUGAGGACCAUUUACCACUGGCACACCCUUCCUGUGGGGGAUCUGACCUUCUCACCUGAAGGUACAUACCUGAUGAGUGUAGGACAAGAGUGUGUGCUGGUACUCUGGCAGUAUAACACAGAGAAGAAAGAUUUCCUACCCAGAAUGGGAUCACCGCUGUGUUGCAUCAGCUCUUCACCUGAUGGGAGUCUGUUAGCUGUCAGUCAGGUGGAAAAUGUGGUCCAAAUAGUUACCAGGAGUAAUAAGGUGGUACAAGUGUUCCAGGGACUCACUAGAGUUCACAUCCCCCAGUUGAUCAGAUCUCCGAACCCUGUACCUACUGGACUCCUGAUGGACCCUCGCAGUCACACCUUGGUACUGAACGGGAGGCCUGGGCAUCUACAGUGGUACAACCUCCACACAGACAGACAUCUCUACAAUCUUGACAUUGUGUGGCAGAACUUUGUGAGUAGUCGCAGACCGUGGGAAGCUCCUGAAGUCAUCUACACGGAGAUCGAGAGGACAGCGUUUGACCAGAAGGGAGACUGGCUGGCCACGUUGGAGAGAAGGGCAGAUGGCUUGAUGGCAGAAGAGAUCAAACUCAAGUUCUGGAGUUUCAACAAGGAAAAACAGAGUUUUGAGUUGAACACCACCGUGGACUGCCCCCACCAGGGAAAGGUCAAUGCCCUCGUCUUCCAGCCUCACUUUGGCGCAGACCUGCCCCCCACGGCUGUCAGCGCAGGGGAUGAUGGGAAAUUUAAGAUCUGGACUCUUGUUGAUGACACAGAUAUUUACAGAGAGAAUGUCUGCUGGACAUGUGACUCGGUUGGAACAUAUCGCGACCUUGCAGCCAAGGACGCAGCUUUCUCAGAGGACGGCUCGCUCCUUGCCGUGGCCUUUGGACAGAGCCUUACCAUCUGGGACCCUUACACCAUAGACUUGAAGACAACCUUCUGUCACACCUUCUGUACAGAAAAAGACUGUAUCAGGCAGGUGAAGUUUGGACACGGCAACUGUUGUCCCUACGUCAUCAGUACCACAUCCUCGCACCUCAGUGUGUGGAACAUACUGUCAUGUUCAUUACUGUGGACUGUAUCCUGUGAGUGUGCAGUGUUGGUGGCAGACCCACUGUCUGAGUACAUGGCUGUAUUCUCUGCAACUUCAGACUUGACAGUGUUCAAGCCAUCCAGUCCUGACCCAGUCUACAUGCACAACAAGGUCGUGGAGCCCUCUGUGGUGGCUGCCAUUUUCUUCCCCAAGCAGAACCAGGGAGCAGAGGAGCAGACAGACGAGGCCCCCUGGCAGAAACGGUCGGAACUGUACUUCAUGACUUACGAUCAGGUUCCACAGGAUCUUCUGACACUGCAGAAAGAUGCUCCACAACAAACAAGGAAGGACAUGACUCAAGUGGACCAGUUGGAGUCGAACCUGCCCCCCACCCCAUUCUCCAUGUACCUGAGCCAGGUGAGACAAGGUAAGCAGGAGGAGGACAGCCAUGCCCUGGUCCAGCACGGCACACCUGGAUCUGUGGCCAUUCAGCAGAUGCUCCAGACACCUGCCCACGUGCUGCCACCUGUCAGCACCUUGUGCCAGUCUUUCCUCCAGAUGCUGCUGGUCUCCAAGUCAUCUCAAGAAAGGCAAGAUGAUGAAGAUAUGGAGUCGGAUUCUGAUGAAGAGGAAGAUAACAACCAAUCAGAAACCAGCGAUUCUGAAAUGGAGGAGGAUGCUGCCACUGGUUCUGCCUCAACUGUCAAACAGUCAACCAGCCAAUCAGAGAAGGACAGUUCAUCACAUGACCAAACUUCCAACCAAUCAGAUUCUGGGAAGAUGCAUAUGGAAGAACUUAAAGAGUUAUCAAGUAGUGACCUUUUAUGGAUGAAGAGAAUCUUCUAACAACAUCUGGCAACUUCUACACAUGUUCAGACUGGAGAAAAUAAAUUCUUUUAUAAUUCAGUUAUUUUAGUAUUGAUUAUGAGAAGUCAAAAGGAAGAAUGGAUUGAUUAUUUUAGUCCCAACUGGCAUCAACUUAACAAAACUGUUGACCACUUCGAUCUGUGGUUGUAUUGAAAGUAUUAA